AUGACCUUCGGUGGCUGUGACCAAGCAUUGCCAUGGAAGGUCAAGUCCCUGCUGCUGUUGAUGUUGGGGCUUGCCAUUCUGAGAGGGGUAGCAGCUCGGAAGAACCCCAAAGCAGGGGUUCUUGUCCCUCAGAAGGCUGGGAAUUGCCCUCCACUGGAGGAUAACAGUGUGAGAGUUGACAUUCGCAUCUUCAAUCAAAACCAGGGCGUUUCUCUCUCACAUGACUUCCAAAACCGCUCCAGCUCCCCAUGGGAUUACAACAUCACCCGAGACCCCCACCGGUUCCCCUCAGAGAUUGCGGAGGCCCAGUGCAGAUAUUCAGGCUGCAUGAACGCGCAGGGACAGGAAGACAGCUCCAUGAACUCUGUUGCUAUCCAGCAAGAAAUCCUAGUCCUCCGGAGGGAGCCCCAGGGCUGUUCUAAUUCCUUCAGGCUGGAGAAGAUGCUGGUGAAAGUUGGCUGCACUUGUGUGGCUCCCAUCGUCCACCGCGCAGCCUGACAAAGCCACAUAUCAAACUCGGUUGAAGAAACUGAGGAAAUGCCUCUCUUUAGCCAGUUCUCUGCAUAAAGCCUGAGCGCCAA